CGUCACUGCAGAUAUUGACAGCGCUUCCGAGAACUAACCCAUAACCUCGGCACAUUUCCGAUAGCUGCGAUUAACUUUGGCUUGUUUGUGGUGAUUUUCGCGUAGGAAACUCCGUUAAUUGUGAUAAUGCUGGUGGCGGCAGUGCGGAAUUCCCUCCGGAAUUUGCGAAUUUCUGCGAAACGUGAUGUGCACACCACAAUCAAAGCAGACACAGCUGGUGGUUCCGCCGCGAUAAUUUCAAAACUUCCCGACGACCCAAAUGGAUUAUUCCGAGAACCGCGUCAAGUUUGGGUUGAGAAUUUGGACACCGUUGAGGAAAACAAGCUGGGAAUUAUCGAGCUUCACCCGGAUGUGUUUGCAGCCCAGCCGAGGAUUGAUAUUAUCCAGGAGAAUGUGGAGUGGCAGCGGAAGUAUCGUUACGUGAGCUUUGCCCAUACAAAGACCCGGGCGGAGGUUCGAGGUGGCGGACGGAAGCCGUGGCCCCAAAAGGGGUUGGGUCGGGCGCGACAUGGCUCGAUCCGGUCGCCGUUGUUCCGUGGAGGCGGUGUAGCGCAUGGACCGCGGAGUCCUACUACGCAUUUUUACAUGCUCCCCUUCUUUACCCGCGUCCACGGCCUCACAUCCACUUUGUCAGUCAAAUUAGCGCAGGACGAUCUUCACAUCGUGAACGACUUGGCGAUUCCAAGCAGUGACCCGAAGUACCUACAGGAGCUGAUCGAGAAGCGGAACUGGGGUCCGUCAGUUCUCAUUGUGGACGAGGAUGACUUGUGUCCGGAGAACAUCAGUGCCGCCUCCAGCGGGAUUGCUUAUGUAAAUCUGAUGCCAGUCUAUGGAUUGAAUGUGUAUUCAAUGCUCAAGCACAACACAUUGGUUCUGACCAUGAGCGCGGUGGAGAAAAUCACAGAAAGGCUCCUCUUCCAGCUGAGGAGAAGUGACGGCUUCAAGAAGAUGGAGAAGUUUAAAUUAGAUCAAUAAGUGCUGGUCGUUUUGUUACUGUUUGAGAAGAGUUGUUUUAUGUAAAUUAAAUGCUAGGAAAGAA